GCUGCGCGAGCGGGACACGCUGCUGAUUCCUGGAUGCUGAGCGGCGUCGCGCGUUUGCUUUGCGUGUGUGUAGGGCUUUGCCGAUUUAUUAUUUUUUUAAAGCAUGUCUGAUGUAUAUCCUGCGGAAAGCAUUUAUAACCUUCUUCCACGGGAGGAGGUUGACAUCCAGAAGCCGCCGAGAUACACAUCAAAAUUCAGAGAGCGAGUGAAGAAGGAUGCUCAGAAGGACAAAGCAGCCAACAGAACCAUGGGUCCAGCAAAAGUAGAAGUCCCAUCGCCAGAGAACUACCUGCUGAAACACUCAAAGGAGCCCAGACUUCCCGACAAAGGUGAUGUUCUUGAUUUUGCAGAGAAACCAUUCACUCACAAGGAUGAUGAAAGGAAAAAACCCAGAGUACCUGCCAAGACUGACCACCCGGUUAUGGGCAUUCAGACCAAGAAAAACUUCAUCACUGCCAAUGCCAUUGAAAACAUUAUGGCAGUGCCAAAGAAGCCCCAGCCCACCUAUGUUGACACCAGAAGAGGAGAUAAGCAACCUUUGGAAACUUCAGGCCUGGUGCCAAAGUUUGUGAAGAAAAAGGACUAUGGCCACACCCCCGAAUACCUGCUGCAGAGGAAGGAGGAGGUGAGGAGGGCCCAGGAGGAGUACGAUGAGUAUGUGAAGGAACGCCUGAGGCAGGGAGCAAUGAAGCAGCUGUCCGAGGAGGAAAGGGAAACUGUUCUUCAGGGUCUGAAGCAGAACUGGGAGGUGCUGCACCGCCAGUACCAGGGCCUGUCCGUGGUCACCGACACCACCCCGAAGAAGAACCGCAAGGAGAGGCUGGAGCUGCAGAUGAAGCAGCUGGAGGGGAACAUCGAGCUGGUCGAGAAGCACAAGACGAUUUACAUCGCGAAUCAGUGAACUCGCCGCACGCGGCGCCGGACUGGGGAGAGCUGGGAACGAUUCAAAUAGAAGCGAGUGCUUUAGGUGACAAGUGUUGUACUUGAGUUCCAGCUAAACAUGGGUUAUAAAAUUUUAUUCUGAAAAAUACAGCUACCUUCUUUUGUUUUAUUUGCCGUUUUUACUCAUCCAAUAUACACACUGGCUUUAUAUUAUAUCAUUAAAUGCAACGUGAGCGAAUUUCAAUGGAAGUGUGGUCACGGGGAUCACAAGCUGUGUGCUCAGUCCCCACGCGGGCAGGUGGAGACUGGGCUCUGCCUUUAGCUGGCCGAAGUGAUGCAGAGCCAGCAGAACUCGGGGUCACAGGUCACCGUCCACUCACUGUGACCCGCUGAGUGCUCUGAGCUUGCAGCCCUCUCCCACCUGCAAGAACAACAGGACCUGUCAAAUAAAUGAGCAUAUUUGAUUCGAGCUUUACUUCACUUCUAACUAGCUGAGCAGACGUCAUGCCCAGUGGAAUGCCAGCACUUAGGUCUUCUCCCGGCAUUUUCAGCUGAUGGUGAGUCCAAACUUAAAUAAUAUAAUGUGUUUCUCUGUAAUAGCAGAAAAGUUUUUGUCUGUUCCUAUUGUUUUCAAUUUAUUGUUAACUGCAGCAGGAAAGUGUACAUCAGAGCCUGGUUUAUACCCUCUAAAUCAGAUGUAAGCUGGCAUUCCUCCUAUUGAUAAUCCAGUGUAAAUAGCGGAGUGUCAGGAUUUGUCAGUAAGGCAAGUAAAUCGAGGUGAUCCAGCUCCUUUUCCGCUCUGAGAAUCUCCUCUGGACGUGUCCUGGAAGACACUGGGGGAUCGGCUGCAACAGCACAGCUGUGUCCUGGAUUCCUGGAGCCUUAUCUUAUCUUAUCUCCUGGACAUUACGCAGCGCAGAAAAGGUUUCUGUUGGUUCAUUAUGUUGCAUGUUUCUACAAACUAUUCACACUACUGUAUUUAUCUUUUCUCAAAGGGAAUUCAUAAAAAUCUGUGGAUGAACUCAAAAAACUUUAUUAAACAAAUUUGCUUAACUUCUAACUUCAAGAUAUUAAAUUAAGUCGUGAUAAUUUUAAAAAAAGCAAUUAAUCUCAACUUUGCAAUUUUGCAUCAGUUGAAUAGCACUGUGAUUUAUGUGUUACAAAACCUUGUAUUACACAAAACCCAAGGAUGCUUUUACUAAGACAAACAACAAACUACCUCUCGCCAGAAAUUUCCAUCGAAGAGUUCUGGAAGUGCGACGUGUUACAGCCGUCAAAAACCCUCACAACCCACAGAAUUGUACUCUGUUCCAUAACAUCUCCAAGACCCUCUAAACCAUUCAUUGUAACAAGUGCUCAAAAUGUGUUCUACUAGAAAUACAACAUCAGAAUUGUUUCUUUUAUUCUGUGUUCAAAAUGUAAUAAAAAGUCUGUUAUUAAAACGCA